AUGAACGGGGUCCAAGAGUUGGGUGGUGAGGACCCCUGUCCUGUCAAAACUCCCAGAGGGGUGAAGGACCCCACUCUGACCAACAGUCACGCCCAUCCUGUGAAUGGUGCCAUAAAGCCUCUGGACCUCUCCCCACACCCCACACGACCCACACCCACUACAGACAGGGGGUUACCCCAUACUCUCCAAUCCAUACCCCCACAGCCUGACAGCCCCUUAUCCAAACCCCCUAUCCAACAUGACACCCUCAGACCUCCCCCUGUCUCUCACCACAGACACCACGCACAACCGGCCAAUGAACAGAGACCCAAGCCCCCUCCGCCCACCUAUCAGGAGGCCAUGGCUGCCUCGACAUCCUGCCCCCUAGAUCUCCCGCCUCAAUCAGAUUUCCCUCCUGAGAAACCACUCCCCCCUGCUAACCCAAACCCCUCCCCUUCCCCUGUCUGUCUGAAUGGCAGCCACCACAAUGUUUUUCCUUCUAACCCCACCCCCCUGGAAACCAACAACCUAUCAGCCAACACCUUUCCUUCUAACCCCACCCCCCUGGAAACCAACAACCUAUCAGCCAACGCCUUUCCCUUGAACCCUGCCCCUCUGGAAACCAACAACCUAUCAGCCAACACCUUUCCUUCUAACCCCACCCCCCUGGAAACCAACAACCUAUCAGCCAACACCUUUCCUUCUAACCCCACCCCCUGGAAACCAACAACCUAUCAGCCAACACCUUUCCUUCUAACCCCACCCCCCUGGAAACCAACAACCUAUCAGCCAAUGCCUUUCCCUCGAACCCUGCCCCCCUGGAAAUCAACAACUUAUCAGCCAACCCCUUUCCCUCAAACUACGCUCCUCUGCACCACGACCAACAAUCAGCAAAGGUAA